GUUAUCCCUGGGAGGGCGGGGAGGGACGCAGAGCCCUCGUCUGAGUCCGGAGGAAACAAGUGGGACCCGACCCAAAGUUUGGGAGCCGAGGCGGCUUGGUUUGAAAGAGGCGGCGGAUGGGAGCCGCAGGUCCAUGCCGGAAUUGCUCCUAACAGCAAGUUCUGCUGCUGCUGCUGAUUAUUAUUAUUAUUAUUAUUCAAAUCCCCCCCUCCGAAGCGAGCUGUGUGGAGCUGCAAGAAGACCCCGUGCUGCGGGUCCUGGUGGCCGGGGCUCCUCGGAGCUCCCCGCGGGCGCCGGGGCUGGGCUGCCGGAGAAAAGAGCCUUUGUGGGGGGGGCUUUGCCGUGGUCCGCUGUAAUUAGCAGGCCUGAUUAGUUCCAUUAGGAGACAUCAAAGCAGCCUGAACGAGCCUCCCGGUCCUGGGUCUGACCGCAGCUUCUGCUUCAUCUCACUCCUGUUUCUUUCUAGCAGCAGCCUCUGAUCAUGAAGAAGAAAGCGAAGGCUUGGAGGGGAGGCUCGGCUGCCUGGCUCUGAGCCACAAGUUGUGUGCGGCGCCCGAUGCUAGGAGAUGCGUUUUCCAUAAAUAACUGGCUCGCACUUACUGUGCCAUGGGCUUAAAGCCUCUUGAGAGAGGGAUGACUUGGUUUUGAGAGAAUCUCUCUCUGAGCGAGUGACAAAACUGACCUUUAGAUAAAAAUGGAGGACUUUACGACCAGGACCUACGGGACCAGCGGGCUGGACAACAGACCUCUCUUUGGAGAAACUUCAGCAAGGGAUAGAAUAAUCAACUUGGCUGUUGGGAGGGCCUCUCUGUGUUCUUCCCUACAGUUGACUCUGAUCAGUGCUUUUGUCUUCCCUCAACUACCUCCAAAACCAGUGAAUAUAUUUUUUGCUUUCUGCAUCUCCUUGUGCUGCAUUUCUGCUGGCAUACUUAUCUACUGGUAUCGACAAGGAGACUUGGAGCCUAAAUUCAGGAAUCUAAUUUACUACAUUUUGUUUUCUAUCAUCAUGUUAUGUAUAUGUGCCAACCUGUACUUCCAUGAAGUGGGGAAGUGACUGCCAUGGGCCAUACCCAAGAAUGCUUCUGUUGUACAGACUGUUCUUAGCUCUACCCUAGAAU